AUGUCAUCCAAGCGAGAAGUACGGACGUCAACUGGCGAGACAGCGACGGAAUAUAAGGAACGCAGAGACGCCACGGAGCGACGACGCAAGAUCCGAGUGCUGCAUGCAGGAGAGAUCUAUGCCGACAUGUACGCCGAGUACAUAGCCAUCGGCUGUUCGUUCGUCAUGCUCUUUUUCUUUCGACAUCACCCGCAGUACGAGUUCAACGCACAACUGGUGAAUCUGGGGUAUCUUCAGAUGACUGUGGAGGUCGUCGUUGAUUUCCUCGCUUGCGUACUGGAAGCCACACGUGGAGUCGAGUUUAAGAGCUUCGACCAGAACGACCCGUUCCUGAUCUUCUUCCUGGCCAUGUUGACGUUCUCCAAUAUCGGCAUUUCGGCUGGCUUGUACAUGCACUAG